AUGCACUUCGCGGUGGCUCAAGAAACAACGGGAUCGGACCCAGUCAGCACCAUGGUGCAGUGCAGUCUAGAUGAGACUGUAUCCCUUGUUUCACUACUGCUUCGUCGCAUAUCCGAAGCUGCUCCUCCGCUAACGGUGCCCGUGUCAUCUACGACGGUUGCUUCCUCAGAGGUACGAGAACAACAUGUUCUACCAGCGAAGCACACAAGAGGGACACCUUGGGAAUUGCGGGAACCGGUCAGCAUAGCAGCAGACUAUUUUCGAAACAACAGUCAGAAGGCUAUUAGGGAAUCUUGCAAGGGCGAUUCGUUCUUUGCGGCGAACAGCGAGGAAGUGGUUGGCGUAAACGGCAAUGUAACAGCGUACGGGGUGGCACAAUGCAUGCAAACCAUCGACGAGACAGGGUCCAAGGCAUGCUUGGAUGUGGCUUUGGCCAAUAUUCGAAGAUGCCCGCCUGACUCAGAUGGUCGAGCAGUUGACACGGGAUGUUUCCUAAGAUACUCAGACUCCCCCUUCUUCCCUGCUAAUUACACCGUUGAUCUUAGGCCCUUCCUCGGAACCAUUGCAGAGGAUGUAGAGGGGCCACCUGAGUUGCAAGGUCCAAUGACUUACAAAGAACUGAAUUUUGCAACCUCAAACUUUAGUCAACAAAAUAAAUCAGGAGAAGGUUUCGGGGAAGUAUACAAGAACGGGAGGGCAGUAGCAGUAAAGAAAUUAGCAAUAGGCACGGCACAGGUAAAAGCAGAAUUCCAUACGGAAGUGAAGCUUAUAAGUAAUGUUCAUCGUCGCAAUCUGGUUCGCCUCGUUGGCUGCUGUAGCAAAGGCCCUGAGCUUCUCCUUGCCUACGAAUUCAUGCCCAACGGCAGUCUCGAUAAGCACUUAUUCGGUGAAGGGCAUGGUUCUCUGAACCGGAAACAAAUAUACCACAUAAUACUGGAAAAGAGUUAA